AUGUGGGAUGUAUCGGAUUCAUCAGUGCUAGAAACAAAAGCACGAGCAUGUCCCGCCAUCCAUACCAUCGGGAGCUUCAGCAUCGCUGUCGAACAGAAAAUCGUCAAGGCUUUCGUUGAGGUAGUUAAUGUAGGCAUCCGAAACGCUCAUGAUGACAAAAUUACUCAAAAAGAUGAUUACACUCUCGAAAAUCCUACUUUAUACCCCGGACUCCAGUUUAUCUCGAAUGGUCAAGACUGA